AUGGAUGCAGAAUUAUUAUUAUGGGAGUACGACGUUGGUGAAAUUAUGACUAGACAACCCCUAUUCCCUGGCAGAGAUUAUGUUCAUCAGCUUCGACUCAUCACAGAGCUUAUAGGUUUACCUGAUGAUGCAAGUCUUGGUUUUCUCCGAAGUGAUAAUGCCCGAAGAUACGUAAGGCAGCUUCCACAAUACUCACGGCAACAAUUCUCUGCUAGAUUUCCCAAUAUGUCUCCUGCAGCUGUAGAUUUGCUGGAGAAAAUGCUCGUCUUUGACCCGAACAGGCGCAUUACAGAUAAUAAGAGUCUGGUGAAAAUUUCUGCUAAAAUCUAG